ACUAGAGAGUACUAGAAUAAAUGACAAACCAGACUAGUCGUGCUGUGGACUACCAACAACUCAUUUUAGCUCUCACUUCUUGUAUUUAUGUGAUUUGCUAUUGCUACCUUUAGGAGAGACUUCUAAACUCUGCAACAGGGUGCUGACGCCAAGCAAUUUACCUUUCUGGUUAUAGGUUUAUUGGCCUGAUUCUUCAAACAUACUCACUUCAGAUGUAACCUCACUUCCACUUCUGGUUUUAGUGUAGUUCUGGAUGAAGAAGGGAUUAUGGACUCUCCUCUAGAGAAGAAAGGGGGAUUAAAAACCACCAGGCUGAAUUCAGGGGUUUUGGAGUGAAGAGGCUGCAAACUGAUGCUGAAACCUUCUGAAGUCAACCACAGCUGGAAAGAGACGUUUCCAACAGCCCUCCCUCCAACCAAUUCAUCCAUCAUGUCGGAGCCAUCUCCAGGCUGGUGGAAGCUGACUUUCCUGAGGAGAAAAAAAUCCCAGCCCAAGGUUCUGUAUGAAAUCCCUGCAGAGUUUGUUUCCAACGCCUCCACCGGUCAGCAUGGGUCCGGCCCAGCCACUGGAGCUGCCGCCCACCAAGAAGACAGGGUGCACGACUCUCAGCUGGACGCCCGACUAGAAAGGAUCAUGGAUAAAACAACGGCCAGCAAAGGGCGCCAGGUCAAGGUUUCUCACUCUGGGAGGUUUAAGGAGAAGAAGAAAGUGCGAGCCACUCUGGCGGAGAACCCAGAGAUGUUUCCAGGAGGUGACGCUGCCAGAGAUGACAAUCAGAGGGCUGGGAAGUGACAGGACACACACUAAACAUGAACAGUGAUGCAUUAAUAGGGAGAGGUUAAAGCGUGGCGUUUGGGUUUACGGCUCUCUCUCCCCUUGUUGUCAGUUGAUGGAGCAUACAUUUGGGAAAACUCUUCACCUUAAUAUCGUCUUAGAAGGAGAACAGUCUUCAAAAUGGCCACAAAGACACUCAUCAGAAUAAGUUACAUUUAGACUUUAACUUGUGGAAAAAUGUGCCUAUAUAGUUUAGAUUUCUAUAGAGAAGAUGAGGUUUUUCCAUUCACUUCAAUACAAAAAAACAUCCAGUGGCCACUAGAGGCACUGGUGUCAGCUGCUGCAUUAUCUACUUGCUUAUAGAACUAUGGUGAUUGCAGGAAUUAAACUUCAAUCUUUCCAGUACAAGAUCUUCAACCCUCACCUAGUCCACUGUAUUGUUUAGAUGUACCGGGAUCAAACAUGUGACCUUUCCGUAAUUGGAUGGAUUAUUUAACUAGUAGACCAUGCCAGCUGUGUGGGAUAGCCACUAUGACUGGACCUUUGGACCUCAUGUGACACUGCAACUGUUCAGCAAUGUACCUUGAACUCAGAGUCAGAAUCCAAAAAUGGCUUAUCUUAAAUUACUAAAAGCAAAGUUGAUCUACCUUUGGAAAAAGACACAACAAUAAACCUGAAGGUAUCAAAAUAACAGGGUAAUCAAUAUUGACUCUAGAUUGGAGAUACAUAAUAAGAUUCAUAUAUAUA